AUGCAGACCCUCAGUGCUGUACUGGUGACUCUGACCAUGCUGAUGGCUGCCACGGUGGAUGCCAAGCUCUAUGAACGCUGUGAACUGGCAGUGAAAAUGGAGGAAGCGAGCCUCAAUGGCUUCAUGGGCUAUGGCGUUGGAGACUGGCUGUGCACAGCACACUAUGAGAGUGGCUUUGACACCUCCUUCGUGGACCACAAUCCUGAUGGCAGUAGUGAAUAUGACAUUUUCCAGCUGAACUCUGCCUGGUGGUGUGACAAUGGUGUUACACCCACCCAGAACCUCUGUCACAUUGACUGUCAUGACCUGCUCAAUGGCCAUAUUCUGGAUUACAUCGUGGGUGCCAAGCAGGUGCUAUCCACACAGAAUGGUAUGAAAGCCUGGAAUUCUUGGAGCCGACACUGCUAUGACCAUGAUUUAUCUGAAUGGAUCAAGGGAAGUAAUAUGCAUGCAAAAACUAACCCAAAGAAAAUUAAUUCAUGACUCAGAUUCCCA